AUGUCCAACCUCCGUCAACGCCGGCCCUCAACCACAGAGUCCCUCAUCACAGCCCUACAGGCCCUCGAGAAGAAAGCUGGAUCCAAACUCCUCCUCCUGUGGGAUGAUCUGCCCCCCUGGCGCCGUGACAACGCCUUCAUCCGCUCAGGUUACCGCCAGACUUGCGCCUCCUACGCCCGCUCCUUUCAGUCCCUGUUCUACCUGCACAAUGAGUCCGUCAACAUCUGGACUCAUCUGCUCGGCGCGUUGGCGGCCAUCACCGCCUCCGCCUACGUAUACUACGUCGUCCAUCCGCGCUACGAAGAGGCAACCUCCUCGGAUGUUCUUGUCUUCUCGUGUUUCUUCGGCGGAGCCAUCCUGUGUCUGGGCAUGAGCGCCACGUUUCACGCGCUUUUGGAUCACAGUGAGGAUGUGGCCAAAUGGGGGAAUAAGCUGGAUUACACGGGCAUCGUCGCCUUGAUUGUGGGGAGCUAUGUGCCGGCCUUGUAUUACGGGUUUUUUUGUAACCCCGCUCUGAUGUCGGCGUAUUUGUAUCUCAUUUGUAUAUUGGGCAUCGCAUGCGCAAUAGUAUCCUGGGUAGAGCGUUUUCGCACUCCCAAAUGGCGAACAUACCGAGCAUCCCUGUUUAUCGGCCUGGGGCUUUCGGGUGUCAUUCCUGUUAUCCACGGGGUGUCGGUAUACGGAUACGCAGAACUGGAGGAGCGCAUGAGUAUCAGCUGGAUUGUUGCUCAGGGUGCCAUGUAUAUUUUCGGCGCCGUUUUAUACGCUGUCCGUUGGCCGGAGAGGAGCUUCCCUGGAUCGUUUGAUAUCUGGGGUAGCUCGCAUCAGAUAUUUCACGUCUUCGUCCUCUUGGCUGCCGCUACGCACUUUUACGGCAUGGCCAAGGCGUUUGAUGCCCACCACCGCAAUGGACCACCUUGUGUUUUGGACUAG